UUUUUUUAAAUGUUUUUUGGCAUGUGAAAGCAUUCUUUUUUUUCAAUCAGCUAAAAGGAGGUAGGCAGGCAUGCGGUGGUUGUAUGUGUGUGUGUGUGUGUGAGAGAGAGAGAGAGAGAGAGAGAGAGAGAGAGUGUGAGCAAGCAAGGGAGCGAGGGAGGGAGGAAGAAGAGAGAGAGAUAGAGAGAGAGUGUUUUUGCUCCGGUGCAGAAGAAGUCCUUUCCAGUGCUGUUUGUGCUGUCACCUAGACAAUAUAAGCUCUCAAGGUGGGAUGUCUGGCUCCAGGAAGGAGUUUGACGUGAAGCAGAUCUUGCGAAUCAGAUGGAAGUGGUUUGGCCAUCCCACGUCCCCGCCACCAACUAGCUCUGAUAAAGGCCCACAGCAAGAAGACUUCUGCAGCAGGGGGGCGACAGGGAGCUCCUCAAGCAGCGGUGGCAGCAGUAUAAAGUUUUUAGACCCAGGGAAUUGCCCUUUGCCCUUGGCACCAAUGAGCUCUCACCUCUCCUCCAGCCACCAGGAAUGUCAGAACUUUCCCCCCUGUCAGGUGCCCACGUUUGAGCUCACAUCGGAAGACUGCCAGGGAGCAUGUGCGCUCGAUGGCAACGAAGUCACGAAUGCAGGAGGGAGCGAGGAGGAGAACGACUCGGACAGCAGCUCUUGCAGGACCUCCAAUAGCAGUCAAACUCUGUCCUCAUGCCACCCUAUGGAGACGUGUGCCCCAGACGAAUACUUCCAGGCACUGAAACAUGCGGAGCAGACCUUUAAGAAGAUGGAGAACUAUCUGAGGCACAAGCAGCUGUGUGACGUGGUGCUGGUGGCAGGUGACCGCAAGAUUCCAGCUCACAGGUUGGUUCUUUCCUCAGUUUCUGACUACUUUGCUGCCAUGUUUACCAAUGAUGUGCAGGAGGCAAAACAAGAAGAAAUUAAGAUGGAAGGUGUGGAUGCAAACGCACUGUGGGCUCUGGUGCAGUAUGCGUACACAGGUCGUCUGGAGCUUAAAGAAGACAACAUUGAGAGCUUGCUGUCCACAGCCUGCCUUCUUCAGCUCUCCCAGGUUGUGGAGGCCUGUUGCCGGUUCCUGAUGAAGCAGCUCCAUCCCUCCAACUGCCUGGGAAUCCGUUCAUUUGCUCAUGCACAGGGCUGCACAGAUCUACACAAAGUGGCUCACAAUUAUACAAUGGAGAAUUUCUUGGAAGUGAUAAAAAACCAGGAGUUCCUCUUGCUGCCGGCCAGCGAGAUUGUGAAAUUGCUGGGAUCUGACGAUAUGAACAUUCCCAGUGAAGAGACCAUUCUGAAUGCCCUGCUGAGCUGGGUGCGGCACGAAAUGGAAAGCAGGCAGGAAGAGCUCAGCAAACUCCUGCCUUUCAUCAGACUACCCCUGUUGGCUCCACAGUUUCUGGCAGACAUGGAGAACAACAGCCUAUUCAGGGAUGACAUUGAGUGUCAUAAACUCAUCAUGGAGGCCAUGAAAUACCAUCUGCUACCAGAGCGCAGGCCCAUGCUGCAGAGCCUCAGGACUAAGCCCAGGAAAUCUACCGUGGGGGUGAUGUUUGCAGUUGGAGGCGUGGAUGCAACUAAAGGUGCUACAAGUAUUGAAAAGUACGACCUUCGCACUAAUACGUGGACUCAUGCGGCAAACAUGAACGGGCGGCGGCUGCAGUUUGGAGUGGCAGUGUUGGAAGAAAAGCUGUAUGUUGUUGGUGGGCGAGAUGGACUGAAAACACUCAACACAGUGGCGUGCUACAAUCCAAAGACCAAAACUUGGAGUGUGAUGCCACCUAUGUCGACACACAGACAUGGACUUGGUGUGGCUGUAUUGGGGGCUCCCAUGUAUGCUGUAGGAGGGCAUGAUGGCUGGAGUUACCUGAACACAGUGGAGAGGUGGGACCCACAGGCUCGCCAGUGGAGUUUUGUGGCCAGCAUGUCUACACCAAGAAGUACUGUUGGGGUGGCCGUGCUUAAUGGAAAGGUGUACGCUGUUGGUGGUCGCGAUGGGAGCUCUUGUCUCAAGACUGUGGAGUGUUUUGAUCCCCACACAAACAAAUGGAUCCCCUGUGCACAGAUGGUAAAUAGGAGAGGGGGCGUAGGAGUAGCCACCUGGAAUGGAUUUCUUUAUGCUAUUGGUGGUCAUGAUGCACCAGCUUCCAGCUUGACAUCAAGGCUUUCUGACUGUGUGGAGAGAUAUGACCCCAAAACUGACAUGUGGACAGCAGUAGCCCCUAUGAGCAUCAGCAGAGAUGCAGUGGGAGUGUGUCUGUUGGGUGAUCGACUGUACGCCGUUGGUGGAUAUGAUCGACAAGUAUAUCUAAAUACUGUUGAAGCCUAUGAUCCUCAGACCAAUGAGUGGACACAGGUUGCACCGUUGUGCCAGGGAAGGGCUGGAGCCUGUGUUGUUGCAGUAAAAAUAUAAGCUGUGCAAUAUAUUUUUGUUAUUUAAUGUCCUAUUGGCUGUAUUUAACUUCAGUUCCCCAAAAAACUAAGACAUUUUCAGAAAGAAAAGAUGUUAAUAAGAACAUCCAGCGUAUUACCAAGGAAUGCAUUUUAAAUGUGAUAUUUAUUUGAACCAUUGAACAUAAAUAAUAUGUAAUUACUG